GAGUACCACUCAGAGAAUACCAAGUCACAAGAGAUUUCAGCUGAAAGGUCAGAGAUCCUCACACACGCAUGGUGGUUCAUAGUUUGACAAAGUAAUAAAAGUAAACAUUGUAAAUGACCUUUAGUUUGAGUAUAUAUUUCUAUAAAUGUGUUGUGCUUACUUAUUCAUUUUCUGAGCUCUCGGUGAAGGCCAGGUUAUUAUUUCUUUAAUUAUAGCAGACGUUAAAUUUGGGGCUUUUAUUUUGAAGGCGUCGCGCUGAAAACGAAAAAAUCAAAACAUCCGGACUUCUUGGCGAUGAAAAAGUGUGUCUGCCUAAUACAAGGAAAUUAGUUCAAUUAGCACCUGGCUGAUUCAGGCACAAGCUCUUACGGUGUGUUCAUAAUUGAAUACGGUUCACAAAAUAAAGCAAUAUGAACCAUCAGUUAAAGAGUACGACCAUCAUUUAGCCGGGGAUGCUACAGUAAGAGCUUCAACCUCAUUGGUCCCAUCACGCCGCUGACCAAGGACAGCUGCAGAGAGACUUGAUGUGAUGGUCAAGGAUUGUGGCACCUGCUCAACAUGGAAGCAUCAGCAAACUUACCUCCAGACGACAGAGACUCCGACCAGAUAAAGGAUAAGGAUAAGGAUAAUGAGGAGGAGGAACUUCGUCGCUCUGGUCGCCUACGGAAUCCCACGGAGAGGAUGCUUGCAUUUCAUAAAGAGGAGGCUCACAAAAAGGAGAAAAGGUUGACUCACCUAUAUGAACAAUGGAAGACCCAGGCACGUAAGGCUAGAGAGCAGCUAAAGGUAAACAUUCCUGAGAGAGACAUUGCAGCUCUUAUAGACACACUAGAAGAAGGAAAGAACAGUGUUAUAAACAUGUAUAUAGACAUUAGAGCUCACCUCACUCCAUCUAGUGAGACAAGACGUCGUAUCGAUGCCUGUGAGGCAGUGACAAGGGACAUUGUUAAGAUUGCCUUUGAAAGGAUAUCAGGCAUUGAUGGAGAAUUCGAUAGUGAUGCAGCAAAGACACGACUUCAUGAGCUUCUUAACAGAGAUUAUGCCCGCUCCAUCUAUGGAUCCACAGCUUCACCUUCAAGUCAACACUCCAGUAAAGUUUACAGCCAACACUCUUUCAUAGCAGCAAAAAGAGCAGACGCUGCAGCAGAUUUAGCAGCAAAGGAGGCAGAGUAUGAAGUGUUAUUGGAGGAGGAGAAACAAAAGGAAAAGAUUCAACUCCUAGAGGAGCAACAGAGGAGAGAACUUGAAGCUCAAAAACGUGAGUUGGAAAGAUUAAAGGCAGAGAAGGACAUAAGAGUUGCACGAGCUAGGUUUACAACCUAUGAUCAGGAAGUAAUGCAGGAAGCAAGUGUUCAUUCUGCUGAUCAAAGGAGUACAAGAGAACAACAGCAUGUGUGUCCUGAACAACCUGUGUCUUCAGCUCUCAUCCAGCAGCCCACUAAUGUCACAGUUGCAGCAUCAGUGACAGCAUCGCCUACACGGACAGAUGUAAGUUAUCUAGCUCAAGCAGUCCAAGAUAGCAUAGCUCUAAACAGGCUCCCAAUGCCAGAACCGUCUGUAUUUACUGGUGACCCUAUCCAGUUUAUUGAAUGGAAGGCUUCCUUCACAUCGCUCAUAGAUAAGAAGAACAUUGCUUCAGCUGACAAAUUGCACUACUUGAAAAAAUAUGUAGCAGGUCCAGCACGAAAGACACUUGAUGGCAUAUUUUAUAGAAACGAUGAAGAAGCCUAUAAGGACGCAUGGAAUCGUCUCAACCAAAGAGUUUCUGUCAGAGAGCUUCCUCCAGUGACCCCAGCAGAGGCAAUACGGGUUCUCGAGUCUGACUUUAAGGAUGCUAACAAAGACGGAAAGACUGUGUCUCAAGAUGACAUCCGCUUCCUGGAUGUGUUAAAGGAAGGCAUCAGGAGGAAUAUUCAUGGGCAUUACGAGAUGCCACUUCCCUUUAAAGGGAGACCCUAUCUGCCUGACAAUAAACAACUAGCCAUGGUGCGGCUCAGUCACCUUAAAAGAAAGCUGGUGAAGGAUGACAAGUACAAAGAACACUAUGUGAAGUUUAUGAAUGAAAUCAUUGAAAGGGGUGAGGCAGAAGAAGUUCAUGAUCAAGGGAAGGAAGGAGAGAUAUGGUAUAUUCCCCACCAUGGAGUGUACCACUCCAAAAAACCUGACAAACUUUGUGUGGUUUUUGAUUGCUCGGCCAAGUACAGAGGAACUGGCCUGAAUGACCAUCUUCUGUCAGGCCCAGACCUGCUGAACAAUCUGAAUGGUGUGCUUCUCAGAUUCAGACAGCACCAUGUUGCAUUGAUGUGUGACAUAGAAAAGAUGUUUCAUCAGUUCUAUGUGUAUGAAGCUGAUAGAGACUAUCUACGGUUCUUGUGGUGGAAAAAUGGCGACUUUAAUGCAAAGCCACAGGAGUUCCGCAUGAAAGUCCAUCUCUUUGGCGCCGCGUCAUCACCAGGAUGUGCCAACUACGGACUGAAACAACUCGCCAAGGACAACGAGAGUCAGUUUCCCCUUGGCUCAAGGUUCAUCAUGAAUGACUUUUAUGUUGAUGAUGGUGUUGCUAGCAUAGAAAAUGUGCAUGAUGCUAUCCAGCUUGCAAAGGAGGCGCAAAAUCUCUGUGCUAUGGGUGGACUCAGACUGCACAAGUUUAUGUGUAAUGACAGGUCUGUGCUGGAGAGUAUACCUCCAUCUGAGCGUGCUGCUGAAGUGAAAGCUCUGGACCUGGGGCCUCAUAUAAAAAAAAACAAUGAGUAG